UUUCUACAGCGCACUGGCAUUUAAAUCUGCUGCAGUGGGAAGCCUGUGAACGCCUGUCAUCGUGAGUGAAUCUGCUCUACUGGAGGAUUUGGCGCUCGUUUUCUUUUCUAUUUUCUUUCAUAAUAGAAAUUGUAUCUCUUGCAUUUGCUCAGUAGUACAUUGUAGCUUCUAGCGGCGCGCGCUUUUAUUCCAACAAAGUCGGAAUGAAAGGCAGCCUGUUUUGGCCAUGUUUUCGACCGUAACAUAUAAGCAGAAUAUUAUAUAAUGCAUCAUAUUUUGUAAUUAUGGUCUAGUCAUUUGUGCGUUUUGUGUCGUGAGUGGCCUAGAGACAAGGGAACAGUUUCAAUGGACUCUUAAAAUACAUCGACGUCAGUGCAAAUCAAUUCAUUUGAAUAGGUCUUCGGCUCGUUUGCGCAUAUUGUGAAAUAAUUAUACAAGAAAAAAAAAACAGGUAUAUCGUCUACGGUUGCCUAUACUCGAGUUGCAUCAUGUUCAGCUGGUUGGGUACCGAUGACAGGAGGAAGAAAGAUCCAGAGGUCUUCCAGACUGUCAGUGAAGGACUCAAGAAGCUUUACAAAACCAAACUGCUUCCACUGGAGGAGCACUACAAAUUCCACGAGUUUCACUCACCCGCUUUGGAGGAUGCAGAUUUUGACAAUAAGCCAAUGGUUCUCCUGGUGGGACAGUAUUCCACUGGCAAAACGAGCUUCAUAAGAUAUCUUCUGGAGCAGGACUUCCCUGGUAUGCGGAUUGGUCCAGAACCCACAACUGACUCCUUCAUAGCAGUGAUGCACGGCACCAUGGAGGGACUAAUACCAGGAAAUGCUCUGGUAGUGGAUCCCAAAAAACCCUUUCGGAAACUCAACGCCUUUGGCAAUGCCUUCCUUAACAGGUUUGUGUGUGCCCAGCUGCCCAACCCUGUUCUGGAGAGCAUCAGUGUGAUUGACACCCCAGGAAUCCUGAGCGGAGAGAAACAAAGGAUCAGCAGAGGCUAUGACUUCGCUGCGGUGUUGGAGUGGUUCGCCGAACGCGUGGACCGCAUCAUUCUGCUGUUCGACGCCCAUAAGCUCGACAUCUCAGACGAGUUCUCGGAGGUCAUCAAGGCCCUCAAGAACCAUGAGGACAAGAUCCGCGUUGUGCUCAACAAGGCCGACCAGAUCGAGACGCAGCAGUUAAUGCGCGUCUACGGCGCCCUCAUGUGGUCGCUGGGGAAGAUUGUCAACACACCUGAGGUGAUUCGUGUCUACAUCGGCUCUUUUUGGUCGCAUCCGUUACUGAUUCCAGACAAUCGCAAACUGUUUGAGGCUGAAGAGAAAGACCUGUUCAAGGAUAUCCAGUCACUGCCCCGUAACGCCGCCCUUCGCAAGCUCAACGAUCUGAUCAAAAGAGCUCGUCUUGCUAAGGUCCAUGCAUACAUCAUUAGCUCCUUGAAAAAAGAGAUGCCCUCAGUCUUUGGGAAGGACAACAAAAAGAAGGAGCUGAUUAACAGCUUGGGCGAGAUCUACAGCCGCAUUGAGAGGGAGCACCAGAUUUCCCCGGGCGACUUCCCUAAUCUUAAGAAAAUGCAGGAGCAGCUUCAAGCACAAGAUCUGAACAAGUUUCACCCUCUGAAAAUGAAGCUAUUGGACACCGUGGAUGACAUGCUGGCCCACGACAUUGCCCAGCUUAUGGUUCUGGUGCGCCAGGAGGAGACGCAGCACCCCAACCAGGUGGUGAAGGGCGGUGCCUUCGAGGGAACCAUGAAUGGGCCGUUCGGACACGGAUAUGGCGAGGGAGCCGGCGAGGGCAUUGAUGAAGUCGAAUGGGUGGUGGCACGUGACAAACCUAUGUAUGAUGAAAUCUUCUACACUCUCUCACCCGUCAAUGGAAAAGUGACUGGAGCCAAUGCCAAGAAGGAGAUGGUGAAGUCCAAGCUGCCAAACACUGUGCUGGGUAAGAUCUGGAAACUGGCUGACAUUGAUAACGAUGGGAUGCUCGAUGACGAGGAGUUUGCCUUGGCCAAUCACCUGAUCAAGGUCAAACUAGAAGGUCACGAGCUUCCAAGCGAACUGCCCGCUCAUCUUGUGCCGCCCUCCAAAAGAAAGGUUCCAGAGUAAGAUUGUUUUGGAAUUGGGAUCAAUUUUGGGAACACAUAAAGCUUGAAUUUAGGUUGCAGCUGAAUUAUUGAUGGCUGGACGACUAGCAAGAAUGAAUUUGAAAAUUACCCACCUCAACUCUUUUGACCUGUGUUUGUAAUUUUUAGUUUAGUUUUGUUUUAUUUUUCAUGAACAAAUUGUGCUGUCUGCAGUGUUUAAAAAUGUUUUAUGUGUGCUUUCAGAUUUUAGGUCGUAUUUUUAUGCCAUCAUUUCAAUUUCAUCUGUUCGGCUAUCAUGACUAUAAAACUGUCCUAACCAGACAUGUUGCGAUAAAAGAUAUUAAAUGUAAAACAGUACUUUUUGUUGAUCGCAUGAUUUCAGUUUCUGUGACAAUUUGCUUGCUAGCCUUUCCCACAGUGAAAUCUCAUUGGUUUAAAAAAUCUACUUCAGGUAAUUACAUUAAACAUUAUCUUCUGAUUGGUUGUCGUUGUGUCAUGUUGCAUAGUUGUUUUGUGUUCAGAUGAUUACUUGUUGCAUUGUGUCUGGUUAGGAAACGCUAAAAUUCUUUCACAAAUGUAUUUCACUUUCACACUCAAUUUACACUACUGUUCAAAGGUUUAGAGUCAAUACGUUGCCAAGACUGCAUUUAUUUUGAUCUGAAGUAUAGUGAAAACAGUAAUAUUGUGAAAUAAUAUUACAAUUCAAGACAACUAUUUUCCAGUUUAAUCUAUUUUGAAAUGUAAUUUAUUACUGUGAUGGAAAAUCUGAAUUUUCAGAAGCCGUUACUUCUGUUCCCAGCCGUCUUCCAUGUCACGUGAUCCUUUAGAAAUCAUAAUAUCACUGACCCCAAACUUUUAAAAAGUAGUGUAUAUCAGACUGAUCUGUGUCUCAGGAGGGGCGAGACAUUAAUUAAUGCAGAAAAACAUGAAUCUUUAUUCUAAAUCUUUGUAUCAGUUGUAUUCUAUUGUUAAAAUCUAGCAAGAAAAGCGAAAUUCCUUUUAGAAGCAGGUGUAACUGUAUUCUCUUCUCGUUAAGGCAGCAUCUUUAAUGAAUGCGAGUCCUUUCUAGCCUGACCAAGAGACUGUUAAAACUGUAUAGCCGUCACGUCAGAAGAUUCAGUGUUUAGUGUUCUUGAUGGACCCAUAGAGCUAGUAUCCUUGUCAGUAGUCUACUGUAAAUGUUAAUGCCUAACAUGUCUAAACUAACUAGGGUAAUAGUAGUGUUUAUAUAAUUCCCGUCUGAUUUCCAAAGAAUUAAAAAGAAUGAUGCCGCAAAACAGCUUUAUUCAAGUGAUGUGAGCUAUUUCUGAGCGUUUCUGUGUUCACAUGCUCAUUGAAAGAGCAGUGGCUUUGGAUCUAAAUAUGUAUUUAGUCAUAUUAUAUCAGCAUUUAAUGAUUUAAUGAACUCUUUACCUCUAUAUCCACCCCUUGCCAAGCAGUUAUCUAGAGCUAUCGCAUUUUCUCAUGCAGAUUUUUAGGAUCUGAACGUGAAUUGAUAGAAUUUCAUGCACUAAACUAAAUGAUCGUUAAAGGGGUAGUUUACUCAAAAAAUUACACUUCUGUCACUGUUUACUCACCCUCAUGUCAUUUCAAAUGGUUGAUAAAAAAAGGAGAUUUUUAGCAAAAUAGUCACACUGCUCUUUUCUAUACAAGCUCAAAAAAUUACCAUAAAAGUAGUUAGAUAUGACUUAUAUACUAUAUUCCAAGUCUUCUGAAGCCAUGUGAUAGCAUUGUGGAAAGAAAAAGCUCAAAUUUAAAUGAUUAUUUGCUGAAAAUUGUCAUGUAUGUAUAUAUUGUAAUUUGGCUUCUCAUGAUCAGUUACAAGACAUACUGAUGUUUGGUGUCAUUGACAGUUCACCCAAAAAUGACAAUUCUGUCAUUUACUCACCCUC